AUGGCGUUUCCCUACAUCGACACUCCGCGAACUGAGGUGGACGGAAACGCGACUUACCUGACCAACGGCUAUCGCAGCGUGGGACGACACAAUUUAUCCGCCCUUGAUUCCGUCGAAAACUCAUUCCAAUCGCCUUCGAAAGAUGGAGAUAUUCUCAAGAUGCUCGGUGAUCGAAGACGCAGCUCCGGUGGCAACAAGCUCAGUACUCCGCGUGCUGGAUCCGGUUCAAGGUCCACGAAAAGCGCGUUGAAAUCUCGGCAGCAUCUCCCGACGAUUGCGCCUGCCAAAGGCGAGUUCACGCCAUUGAUGCAGAGCGCGACGAAGAACAAUUUGUUGAGGAAUCUAUCCAACGCGCACGAUCUUAAAACACCAGCAUACCUGCGAGCGAGUUAUCGGAGCAAUGUUAAUACCCCCGGAUUACCACCAAUGGAAAUGACCGGGAUCGACGAGGAGGACGCGACAGAAGAACCUACACUUUUACCGCAGGUUGCCAGCAGUAGCGUUCAGGGCACCCCGCUCCCAUCACUUCGGCGAGAUGGAGGUGGUGUCCUCAACGAUGGACAAAAUAUGACUCUGAAAGAGCAGGAGAAGAUGAUCGACAAGCUCGACAAGGACAACUUUGGGUUGAAAUUGAAGAUUCAUUAUUUGCAGGAACAAUUGGACAAAGCCGGCCCAGAAUACAACCAAGCAGCAGUAAAGGAGAAUACAGAACUCAAAGUAUCAAAGAUGACCAUGCUACGCGACAUCUCACGAUACAAAAAGAGUCUCCAGCAGGCUGAACGCGAUCUGGAAACCUACCGUCUACAAUUCCAAGAACUCAAGGAUAAAAUGCGAAGGCGACAAAUGGAUGAGUCAGUACAACAGGAAAUGGAUAUGAUGCGAGAUGAGAUGCAGAUGAAGGAUAAUCGAGUGAGGGAGCUCCAGGAGGAAUUGAGAGAGGCCAGAGAUCGACAGUCGCAGGAUGUCGAGAAACUUCGAGAUCAAAUUGAGGACCUGGAGGCGUCUCUCCGGGAAAAAGAUCGUACCAUCGAAGAACGCGAAGAGGAAAUCGAGGAGCUCAAGGAUCAAGAUAGCAAGGAUCGAGACGCAGUUGCUGAGCUGGAAGCGGAACUCCAACGCGCCCGAGACCAGAUGGAGGAACUGCAAGCCAGUCUGGAACAGGCCAAGUCCGAUGCCCGGGAAGCAAGAAAUACCGCGAAUCAAGCCGUUCAGGAUAAAGCCAAGGCGGAAGAAGACCUCCAGGAACUUCAUGAAGAGAUGGCGAACAAAUCUUUCAGCACCAAGGGCCUCACUCGACAACUGGAGGAGAAAACCGGCAAGUUGGAGGAAGAGCUUGCAGACUUACAACGAGAGAACAGAACUUUGAAAGACGAACUCGACCAAAAGACACGAAAUGAAGCUCGCUUGGAGGAACAGUACAGCAGUGUCCGGCGGAACAUGGAUGCAGGAGAGCAAAAAUCAAGAGACGACGCUGCACAAGCGAAGCGCGAAAGAGACGCCGCUCGGCAAGAACGCGACAAACUUCUCAUUCAGCUGCAAGACGCUCUCGAUGACAUUCAACGAAGGACAGAAGAAAAGGAUCUUUUGCAGACUCGACAUCAUGCACUGACCGACGAAUCCAGCAGUCUGCAGCGCGAACUUGCUCAAGAGAGGUCUCUGGUCCGGGAGCUCCAGCGGGCCUUGGAUGAGGAAAAGCAACGCGCACUAGAAGGCAGCCAUGAUAUUCGUGCCCAAUAUAAGGCGGAGAUUCAACGCCUUCAAGAAGAGAUCGAGUCAUUGCACCAUGAAAUUGAAGAUAAAGAAGGCCAGUUUGCGCUCGAGCAAGAUAGAUGGGACAGCGCCAAGCGUACCCUACAACUCCAGAAGGACAGAGCCGAGGACCAGGCCGCUGGCUAUAAACGUACUAUCGAGAAGCUCGAGCAAGUUGAGCACUCCCUUUCGGGUAAGGAAGUCAGGUUACAAGAAGUAAUUGACAGCGAGAAACAAAGGCAUUUCAACGCAGAAGCAGUUCUCGGUCGUCAAGUGAAAGAGUUGAAUGACGAUGUCACAUCAAAAAGGGAAGUCAUCGACGCAUUAAGAAACGAACUUCUAUCGGUCAAGGAAGAGCUCCGGCUUACCAAGCGCGAUGAGACCGUUCUGAAAGAGAAAGUGCAAGCGUUGGAGGAUGAGGUUGUUGUACUGCAAGCAAGCCUGGAAGAAGAGCAAGAAUACACCAAGGCUCGGCUGCAGAAAGGGCCCACAGAAGACAAUCAUACGCAAAAGUUGAUGGCAGAAAAGCAGAAACUCCGCGAUCAAUUGGCAAAUGCGCACGUUGAACUACAUGACCUGCGGGCCUCCAUAGCCGAGAUCGAAGCGGAGCGCGAUGAGCUUCAAAGUCAACUCGACAGAGUCAGAGAUCAGGUCGAUGAUACCACUCGAUUUGACAGAGAAAAGAUUGAUCUCCGAAAGUCCGCCUUACGCCUUGAGGGGGAGCUGAAGAGGCUAAAGGAUGACAAGGUUUCUCUUAUGGAGGCAAAGGAGUCCCUUGAAAAACAACUGAGCUCCGAGAUCGAGCGCGCCACAACAGAAGAAAACCGUCUCUCAGCAGAGAUAGAUCAACUCCAGGAUCAGCUGCAAACAGCUUCUGGCGGACGCGAUAGGGAAUUGACGGUGGCUAGGGGUAAAGUUCAACGCUUAGAGAAACGCAUCCACGAUCUCGAGGCCCUUCUUGAGCAGCAACAACCACUUGCGGAUAUCGAACAAUCCAUUGGAGCCGCAGAUCUUUCAAUGCUUCGUCACAAUUUGGAUGAGGCACGGAAGAGGGAGCGCGCUCUACUACAGCGAGAAGCCGACCAAAAGUCCUCUGUCCGCAAGUUCAAGCAGCGGAUUUCCGAGCUCGAGCAGGAGCUGAAUGAUGCUAUGAUUAACCGAUUUGAAAACCGUUCGCCGCAUGGAUCCCCGUCUGAUAAACUCCAUGAAGAAUUACGAAGCUUAAGGAAGCAAUUGUCUGACGCACACCGUUCCCUGAAAGAGCUGAGAGUGAAGAACCGUGACCUUGAGCGAUCAGCUAUGCGGGAAGAGGAUCAGCGAGAUCUCCAUGAGUUACUCAAGUCAUCGACUCUUGAAGCGGAGUCAUUAGCACUGCAAGUGUCCGAGAAGGAUACUCGCCUUGCUGAACUGAAGGCGCAGCUGCGCAGAGUCCGUGACGAGCGCUCCUUUUGUAUAAGAAAGGCUGAGAUGGCUUCCAGAGAGCUCAAUGCCCUGCAGGAGCGAUAUGACAAGAUCGUGAAGAGCUUCGAUUCUAGUACGGACAGCAAGAACAGGCACGACAAAGAGAUCCUUGGUCUGGGAAAGGAGAUUAUAUGGCUUAGGGCUCGGUUGAGGCGUGAGGAGAAGUUCCGACGCGAUUUGGCUUGGAGUAAGGGCUUGAUGGAGCUUGGAGAACGGGUCCGCGUUGCAUGUAACGAAGCCGAUCUCAGAAUGAUCUCUGAGAUGGGAGUCAAGCCUCGGGAUCGCAGCCAUUUCCGAACUCCGCGACAAAAGCUGAAGACCGCCGUCUCUUUGGUAUUAGCCACAGUUCGAAUGCAGAGGAAGUCGCGAGAGUGGUCGAGAACGAAGAAGCUGGGCGAAGGCCUCAAGCGGGCGAAAAGUGAAGUGUUGAAGAAGCGAAAGGAGGGCUCAAGCAAGAUGGCAAUGGCUUGA